ACUUUGUGUCAUUCCCUCCUGUGCUGCUCUUACAGCAGCAAUUGAAGGGAAGGGGACAUGAGAUUCCGAGCAGGAAAAUGUGCAGCAACAGGAGGAGCAAGAACUAGAGGUGGGAGGAGGAGGAGAAGUAAGCCAGAGGCUUUCCACUGAUGUCUGGGCAGGCUGCAAAUGAUGGCCUGUGGCACAAUGAACAGUGAUCUAUUGGGUAAAGGGCAGCAGUCCAUUACAUGAUCAGGCUUUACUGCAAUAAAAAUGUGGGCCAUAAUGGAUGCAUAAGUAUUGUAUCAUUUCACUGUGGCUACUUUAAGAUGUCACAUGGAAACAUGAUUUAAUAUUUGGUCUAUGUGACAUUCAUAGGGCUCAUGUAUUCACCUCCUCUUUGGUGAGGAAGGUUUACAUUUACAGCCCUGAUGUUAAAACAAACGGGGGUUUGCUGUACUAAUCCACAAGGCUGUAGAUUCCUUCUAAGCAUAGGAGGUGCACUCCCCAUUUUACAGAACUCCCCCUGCACCUAAUGACCUAUUUAUCUGCUCCCAUAAGUUCCUGUAAUUUAUUUAUUUAUUAAAUAGCCCCUUAAGUUUGUGCAAUUCGUGGGAAGGAAGGGAUGAGCGAUAGAUUCCUUUAUAAAUGCAACCUUAGACAAUUGUGCAAAAAGAAAUUUGUCCGGCCCCCAAUGCUAAACGACAGACAGAAGUUCAAGAAGUGAGGUCUUCCUCGCAGUGCUGAUUUGUAUGUAUUGUUUGUUUUUAAUACUACUUGCUAUGCCCACGCUAUAGAGAGAGACGAGCGUCACGCACGUACUCCUCUUUCUUCCAAUUCCGACUUGAACGCUGACGUGUGUGUGUGCGCUGCGUAGAGGGUUGCGCGCGCGCGCGCGCGUUCCACCAACACUCCAGUGCCCUGCCCUAGUUCUCCGCAUCGGGCAUCUCUCACGUCGGGCCACAUCCAAUUGGGAACCGGAAGUGUUAUCGACUUGAUUGGGAGAUGCCCUUGGGGUUGUGAUGCAGUUCCGGGUUCGCCGCUCGCCUCCGCACUCUGUCUGGUCUGGGUGGGACGUCAGUCACGCUCUGGAGGAGGAGGGGGGGCUGCGGGCUCUUCAGCUCCGGCGCUGAUCAGCGUCUCCACGGGCGGGCGUGGGGGGAGUUGCUGGCCAUGGCGGCGGACUGUCCCGAGGCCGUGGUGCCGGUGCCCGGUGUGACGGAGCGGUAUUUUACUCGCUGGUACAAACCAGUAAUCAAGGAAUAUUUAACUUCUUACAUUUUAGAUGUGAAAGCUAAUCCAAAUGAGGAUCACUGCAUAUUGCAGCAUUCUAAUAGAAUCUGUGUCAUCACUUUAGCAGAUGCUCAUCCUCUUCUUCAAAAGGGAAAACAAAUUGAGCGUGUUAGUUACCAGAUCAGUGCCAACUGCAGCAGGCUGCAAAACAAAGUUUCUGGAAAGUCAAAACGGGGUGCCCAGUUUUUAACAGAAUUUGCCCCCCUGUGUCGAAUUUUCUGCUCGGGUGGAGAAGAAUAUACCAUAUAUAGCCUUUCACAGAAGGAUACAUUGCAGUUGUACUACCAAAGUUUGAAGAAAGCAAAAGCAUAAGUCAGGGACUUCUGACACGGAAAGAAUACGAAGAGGUUUUGUCAAAACGUUUUAAUUCCACUUCAUGAUGACCUA